UAAAUACACACGCAUUAUCUACAUACAUACUUUGUAAAACAUCAGCUCGCUACCACUUCUUCAAUGGCGUUGACUAUUAUCACCACCGCCCUCUUCUUCCUCAUCUUCCUCCUUUCUAAACUUCCAUCUUCAACUGCACAAGAACAACCAUGGAUCCAAGCUGGGUACUGGUUCUCCGGCAGCGGAUUCCCCAUCUCCGACAUAAACUCAUCUCUCUUCACUCACCUCAUAUGUGCUUUCGCAGGCCUCAACUCUUCCACAUACGAACUCUCCAUCUCUUCCUCGGACAGCCAGCUCUUCUCCAACUUCACCAACAUUGUCAAACAAAAAAACCCAUCAAUCAAAACCCUCUUAUCAAUCGGCGGAGGAUUAGCCAAUGGUUCAUAUUACUCCUCAAUGGUCAGCCAUUCUUCUUACAGGAAAUCAUUCAUUGACUCCUCAAUAAAAACAGCAAGAUCAUAUGGGUUUCAUGGCAUAGACUUUUCUUGGAUUUCAGUCGGUACAGAUUCUGAAAUAGCCAACCUGGCAAUCCUAUUCGACGAAUGGCGUGUUGUGAUUGAAUCCGAGUCAAGAAACUCAAAUGGGUCGAUUCAGCUUAUCUUAACAAUGGCUGCUCAGUACACUCCAUAUGUAGCUAGUGGAACUUUUCCAAUUGAAUCUAUAAACAAGAACUUGAAUUGGGUACAUGUCAUGGCAUUUGACUAUUACACGCCAAAAAGGUCCAAUCAAACAGGUGCUCAAGCAGCUUUAUAUGAUCCUGGGAGUGAAAAAAGCACAGAUUUUGGUAUUAAUUCAUGGAUUAACAAAGGAUUAUCGGCAAACAAGCUUGUUUUGGGCUUGCCUUUCUAUGGCUAUGCAUGGGCACUUGUGAAUCCAAAAGACAGUGCAAUUGGUGCUCCGGCGAAGGGGCCGGCUACUAAUAUUGAAGAUGGGGCGAUGAGUUAUAAGGAUAUCAAGGGAUAUAUUCAGACACAUGGAGGUGUUUCGCAGUACAAUGCAACUUAUGUAGUGAAUUACUGCACAAUUGGAUCGACGUGGAUUGGGUUUGAUGAUGUUGAGGUUGUGAAGAUUAAGGUUGCUUAUGCUAAGAAGAAGAAUUUGCUGGGUUAUGUUGUGUGGCAAGUCUCACAGGAUGACAAUUGGGUGCUUUCUCAAGCAGCACAGGAAGACAAGAAAAUUACCAUUACUAGCAAGGGACGCUUGUUGUUAGUCAUCUUGCUUACAGCAACAGCCAUAAUUAUUCUCAUACUGAGUUCUACAAUGUGGUAUCUGCGAAAGAGAGUUCUUGGAUGUAUAGGAUUAGCGGAUGAACAGAAAGAAUCACAGUCCAAAUUAAGAACUACUAUGGCAUCUAUUGAAAAUACUAAUGUUCCUCAAGUGUUUAGUUUCACAGACAUUGUAGUGGCUACUAAUAAUUUUUCAAAUGAAAAUAAGCUCGGAGAGGGUGGAUAUGGACCUGUUUACAAG